UGGCCAGAGUUUUUUUCUACUAUGCUAGAUGAUGGCGUGUCCUAUGGAGACGCUUUUAGCCACGUGACAAGCUGGGAGAAGGCGAUCGACGAUCAUCCUGAGCAUCCAUUUUACUGUGUGACGUACGAGGAGCUGACACAAAAUGGUGUUGAUCAGCUGGAAUGUAUUGAUCCAAUUCCUGGAGACACACAGAGGAAGACCUUUCUGCCAGGCGGUGGUUGAGAAAUGUCACAUCAACAACAUGGUCAAUCUGCGAAUAGCAAAAGACUCUAAAGUUGAUUGGUCCAUACUUUAUCGGAAAGGAGUUGUAGGAGACUGGAAGAACUGGUUCACUGUGGCGCAGAACGAGGAGUUCGAGAAGGUCGUCCGAAAGAAGAUGGCCGGCUACAAAAGUCUCCUUCGCUACCAACUUGAAUAAUUAAAUCAACACUUUGCAAAUCUCAGUACCAGCAGAUAGUGUAUUUUAUCAGACAAUUCAUUCUUCGUUCUUCUCGAUAUUCCAGACUUUGUUACUUCUGCCACAGUACUCAUACUAAAGUGUCUGUAAAUCCCUACCCCAUACUGAUGAUCUUAGUCUACUGUUGUUAUAAUGAGUAUACAGGAAAACUCUCCCUCAGUGAAAAUCGGAAUCUCCAGAUACCGACAGGAAGCUCAGUUUUUUUAAUCCGGACACUAAGCUUUCGAUAAAUAUCGUCUCCAAAAAGUAAUAAUAAAGCUACGUAAUGUCCAUAAAGUCAGCCGGUCUGAAGACUCCUAUAAGUGUACAAGCUACAUACUCAAAUGAAUGCGUACACAAGAACAAUAAAGUAUUGUCAAUGUGGCGGACGAUAGUCAUUACAUAGAGCUGUCUGAAUGAUGGAGAAUUUAACUCGUAUAAAUAGAAGAUUCGUCUAAUAAAUGUAAAGCCUCUAUGUUUGAUAUGAAAAUCAGCUGAUUGAUGCUGCUUGAAGACGAGACGUCGUGUAAAACUCUAUUGUACCUACUGAAGAUACUUCUUUGCUAAGACAACAGAACUGAUAUCAAAUCAAGUUAGAAAAAUAAUUAGAUAUAUAGAUAAUUUUCCUGGACACUUCUUUUUAUAAUCAGAGAAUUGAAUGCAGCCUGUAUUUGAAUGCCGUCGAAAGCACUGAAAGGAGUGAAGGUAAUUUUUUGCACGUUCUUUAAAGGACUGAGUUUAACGAGGUCACUGCUAAGAUCACGUGAGUACUUUACCCUUUCGUGAAUCUGUACAUGAGUUCGGGGAACAGCGAUAGAUGAUGUAUGCAAUCAUUCUUCUACAUGGUCUUACCUUAGCACUGUGCUGGGAGUGCCGUGCAUCCCAUAAUACAGGGCAGCUGACUCGUGGACAUAGAAUGCAGAUAAAUGAACCAGGCUCUGGUUGCAAUUUAAUAUUCUUUUGUUAACCUUGCUUCAUCCGGUUGAAAUAUGAAAAACGAUUUUCCAGGUAAUUUCUAACGGGAAUUUGUGCAGUUAAUGAUGCUACAUGAGUCUCCACCAGCUCGAAACUUUGCUUCAACCGCCAUCAUGGUGUGCAUGAGGUGGCGAUAGCAACGUAUGGCUCUUCUUGUAGUAUUUGUUAGCUUCGUAAUUUUCUGUGUUUUAAUGUUUUACAUUAAACCUUCUGGGGGAAAUGUAUACGCAGAGCACAUUAAUAAAGACGCUUCUGCUAAAGGGAAUAAAUUGGAUUUUCAAAGAUGUACUUUCUACAUUUAGCUGUCUACAAUAAAAAAAAGUCGGAAAAAAGUAUUUAUUCAUUUACUCUCUACUUGUAAACAAUGACUUAUACGCAAAGUCACAGCUGUGAGUGUGGCUCAAGCGUUCUUUGUGACUUUUGCUAGGUUAAACAGUUUUGAACAGGAGUGUAAAGCGAUAACAGUUAAUCAAGGUACAGGGUUUAUACGACUGCUGUGCACUUAGCAGCUCAGUGUGCAGACCCGCCACCUCACAACUUGUCGACUACCCGGCGGUCCCGUUACUACAGGCAGAGUACAUGUUACUUUACCAGCGACACUUCUUCGUUUUACUCAAAUCCCUUGUGUUAGUAAGAUGGAUAUCGUGUUCAUCAAAGAUAAAUUCGGCAACGAUCGGCAGUGUAUUGGCGAGGACAUACGGCUUCCACCCUUUAAAGGCAAUCUUAGCUUCGCGGACCGCUUGAGACUCAUCCACAACUUUGACCUUAGACCUGACGACGUCAUUGUUGCCGGUUACAUGAGGUCAGGUAACAACUGGCUUCAUCAAAUGAUAUACAUGUUGCUGGAAGGAACCCUGGACCCGCCUCCCUUGUUUGGACCGGAUUCUAACGUGCACCUGGAGUCAGCCUCAGACACUAGUCGCGUCCUCCCACCUGUCAAACCUCGCGCUCUUUUCACGCACCUUCUCUUCAAGGACCUGCCAAAGGUCGUCACUGAAAAAAAGGUCAAGGUGGUGCACAUCACAAGGAACCUCAAGGAUGUCUUCGUGUCUUUGUAUUCCCUUACAGAGAAAUUACCUAACAUCAGAUAUCAUCCACCGUGGCCAGAGUUUUUGUCUACAAUGCUAGAUGAUGGUUUUUGGUAUGGAGACGCCUUUCACCACGUGACAAGCUGGGAGAAGGCGAUCGACGAUCAUCCUGAGCAUCCAUUUUACUGUGUGACGUACAAGGAGUUGACACAAAACGGUGUUGAUCAGCUGGAAAAUAUUGACCGGUUCCUGGAGACACACAGAGGAAGACCUUUCUGCCAGGCGGUGGUUGAGAAAUGUCACAUCGACAACAUGGUCAAUCUGCGAAUAGCACAAGACGCUGUAUUUAAUGGCGCCAUGCUUUUCGGAAAAGGAGUUGUAGGAGACUGGAAGAACUGGUUCACUGUGGCACAGAACGAGGAGUUCGAGGAGGUCGUCCGAAAGAAGAUGGCCGGCUACAAAAGUCUCCUUCGUUACCAACUUGAAUAAUUAAAUCAACACAUUGUAAAUCUUACUACCAGCAGAUAGUAGCUUGAAAGAGACAAUUUAUUUUUCUUUUUUCUCGAUAUCCCAGACUUUGUUACUUCUGCGACAGUACUCGUAAGAAAGUGUCUGUAAAUCCCUACCCUAUUCUGAUGAUUUAGUCUACUUUAUUAUAAUGAGUUUACAUGACAGUGACGCUCUCUUUGAAUGAAAACCAGAAACCGUAGACACCUGCCAGAAGCAUAAUGUUUUAAUACGGAAACUUAUCUAUUGACAAAUAUUGUCUCCAAAAAGUAAUAAUAAAGGUACGUAACCUAUGUCCAUAAAGUCAGCAGGUCUAAAGACUCCUAUAAGUGUACAGGCUACAUACUCACAUGAAUGCGUACGCAAGAACAAUAAAGUAUUGUCAAUGUGGCGAA